CGACGCCCGUUAAACGUCUUCUUAAGGUUCCGUGCGGCUUCGUAGCAAGCGUGCCUCUUUUCCCUUUCUUUCUUCGUUUUAAUUUGUGUUUGUGUUUGUGUGUUUGGGGUUAGAAGCCCACCUUGGCCGGAAGGAGCCAACAGGUGGCCGCUUGGCACAACAACUGAUGACGAUUUCGGAAUUACGAGGCCAACUCUUCCAACGACUUUCUCAAAUUCAUAUGACGAAUUACAUUGGAUGACAUUUUGAAUGACUACAUCAACAGCACCCUUAAAAUUAAAAAGCCAUUAUUUUGGGAAUAAACCACAUCGUUGUGGUUUAUUCCCACCACAUCAUCAACUGUUAAGAAAACAUGAUGAAUUGUAAAUAGUUAGUCAAAUGUAUUUGUUGCGUCAUAGGCGUGCCAGACGAUGUCGACCCAGUGGCACAGAUGGGAGUUGGGAACUGCGGGGCACGGGGACCGCGCUUAUAAAAGAAGGCCUCUUGGAUAGGAAGUGUCGUAGAAAGCCGCGAUUCCCGAGCGGGGCACCCGCGAGACGUCGUCAGGGAGGCCGCACCGAACGAGACGAUUGCAUUUCAUUUGAAUUACAAAUAUAGCUUUGAUUAGCUACGUAUGCCUGCGACGUAUGGUAACGGGCAGACGAAUUAAACGCGCUUCCGUUAGCUGCUGCAAUAAACCUGCGGAUCCGCCUGUUGCCGUUCAUGAGCGUAUCCAUUUUUUUAAAUGACACACAAAUGAAGUCAGUUUGCAAAUGUAGAUUGAAACUAUAAAAUCCAGUUCCCCCAAUGUCUCCCGACGGGACAAAUUCCAGUUUCUGAUCACGUCCUCGUCUUCAGGUGAAUUAAGUCAAUGGACAACAUUUUGCUUUGUGUGUUGUGAAAUGCUGGAAAGACAACUUUCACAAAAGUGAAAGUAGUUGAAUUGCCCAACUUAAAAUUGUAUUGAAGUCUGUUACUUUGACAUUUUGAGUUCACACCAAAUGUUUUUUUUUUUUUUUUCCUUCUUCUUUUUACAAUGUUACGGAUACUACACCGCAAGAUGCAAACAACAUAUGAGCAAGAAGACGAAGGUGGAAUUUGCCCCCAAAUUAAGCUCUGAGCAGAUAUCCGUGGCGUAUAAUUCGUUGCGCGAGUUCCCUCCCCCGCUGUACAAGUACAAAGUGACGUCAUUUCUUUUUGGCUGCUCAGUUGUGACGUAGCUGUGCUUAGCGUCCGCGACAAGGCCCAUUUGCCACUCUUUGCCAAGCUAACGAUGGCUACACCCCGAAAAUGCGUCUUCGCCGGAUGUCUCAAUUUACAGGACGGCUCGGUGAUGUUUUUUUAAACUCGCAAAAAAAUGAGGAAAAGCGAUGGACUGCCUUUUUUAACGACACGCAGAUGGCGAGCUGAACAUCAACACCGCCGGCCGACUCCGCAGUGCGCAUUUUACGGCGGAUAGUUUCGUAAAAUCUCCCCGGAGACAACUUGGGCAACUUGAUCCAAGCGAACGGGGCAGUGGCGAGCGUCCGAGUACCGGGGCUCCCUCCGACCGCGCCGCCGCCGUGUUCGGCUGUGUCAUUAUGCCGCCGACAGACAACGAGGGUAAGUUGACUUGUGCGCUUAGUUCCGUGAUUAUAGUCCACGAUAAGCAUUCGGCUUUGAAGUCGAACCUUCCUAACGUGAUUGGACAUCGUCUAAGCGAUCACCCCGUCAGUAUGUUGGAUUCCUUCCAUUCGACACGCCCGCAGCGUCUGAGAGCUGAGAGGAGGCCCUUAGUAUUCAAGUUUUGAAACCUGGUUUUAUGUACUUCGCGAUUUGUUUUUUUUAUUCAUUGAAAUUUGGCCGGCUUGUUAACGUGACUCUUCUCUGUGGUGUGUUGAAUUUCCGUGCCAUUUUCUUGGUCUGCGUAGCUCCACUUCAAGGAAAGGAUCAUCAGGUCGGACUCUGAAUCUGUGAAACUCGGUUUCAUGGCUUUUUUUUUCUUCCAGUUGCAGUUCUUGACGUUCCACGAUUGUUACUAGUUACUGAGACCGGACUGACCAUCAUGGGACGUAAAUGUCAUUUAACGCAAUCACCUGGCUCAAAGUCGGUCAUUUCCCUCAAUUUCCUCACCGAGGGUUGAUUUAAUGAAGGACAGACCGCGUCAGCAUUCAUUUGCUUGUCACAGGAUGGAGUCAGUCAAUGCAGCAAUAUUUGGAAAUGAAAAAGACUACAGCUAAAUUAGUCUUUGAUUGAGUAGCAAAUAAUCAAAUCUACACCCCUCUUUUUACAGUGUGCGCCAAAAGUAGGUUUGCAUUUUACAGAGCUAAAACAUUUUAUUACAUUGAUUUUGUUUUUAGCAUAAUUUAAUCUCGUACAUUUUCAAGAUGUGCUCCAUGAAAGUUUUUUUUUUUCUUUUCUUUUUUCUACAUUGUCUUCGUAUUACUAAUACAUUGUCAAGGUAGUAAAGAGUAUGUUCGGAUUUGCAUAAAUACCGUAUGCUGUAAAAAGUGAAAGUGGUCUUUGCCAAGAGCUGAAGACAAGUCAAAUUGGAUUUUUUAUUUUUUUAUUUUUUAAAUCUCUCGAGACAAAGCAAUCAAUCAUGUCACUCUCAGCCACUUAUAUUUUACCGGUACUAAAAAUACCCUGAAAAGUUUCAUUGUUUAGUAUAAAAUCAAGCUAUUAUUGUUCCAUUUGGCAAGAUCUUUGUACCUUUGGAUUAUUUUGUUACUUUGUGACUUUUAAAAUGUCAUAAAAUGAAUAAAACCUUUCUUUUUCACCCAAUCUCAAUCAGCUGUGAUCGACCCCAAUUUUUGGGUCAUCCCUAAUAUAUAUAUAUAUAUAUAUAUAUAUAUAUAUAUAGUGACACCCUUGCCCUCCAUGCUUGUUUGCUGUGUGGAUUUUAACUUUUUAUUUAUUUAUUUGUUAUUUUUUUGAGAAAUGUUCUCAUUUUAGCAGAAUGUUUUUGUAAUGAAGGAAGUGAGACAACUGUUGUAGACCGCGGAAGAGUUGCACAUCCUUCCUGCACGAUGCAAAGAUUUUGCUUCAGUUUAAACUGUGUAUAGCAUUUGGUCCAAAACAUUCGUUUAGUGAAAUGUAAAUGAAACACCGGUGCCACAAACACGCCCGGCGUGCCACCAAUGUUGCUUGGAAAUGCUAAGCUGAAAAUGCUCAAUUUUGUCAGAAAAGUACAUUUCAAAAAGGUUCUGUGAUCACGGUAAUGGCAUAUUAUUUUUCCUAGUCCUUUUUAACAUCUUUCCAAAAUGAAAAUUCUCUUGAACAUUUGAUUCUCACCCGUUCUAGUGCUUAAGUUACUUUAUACGAUAACAUGCUUGCCUACUUGGUGUACUGUGUAUAGUAUAACACAGUAAUGGAGACCGCAGGGCUCACUGUAGUCUCGACUUUCGCAAAGGGGCUAACGUUCGUGUCUCCCGCCGUGUAUCAUCUUCAGCCCGGACCACCACAGAAUGUUUUUUUUGUUUUUUGUUUUUCCUUUCCUUUCCUUGGCAAGAACUGAGCCAUCGAUGCCAGCUUGGCUUUGCUCUGUUUUUGAGAUCUGACCUUCAUAUUUUGAGUUUGUUUUAUAAAUGAGAACUUCUUUUGGAAAUAAUUAUAAUCCACGGUAUUCGUGAAGCGUUCCUCAUUUUAUUUUUUGGAGGACUGGUUAGCACAUCUGCCUCACAGUUCUGGGGACCGGGGUUCAAAUCCCGGCAUCGUCUGUGUGGAGUUUGCAUGUUCUCCCCGUGCCUGGAUGGGCUUUCUCCGGGCACUCCGGCUCUGACUCUAAAUUGCCCGUAGGCCUGAUUGUAAGUGUGUAUGGUUGUUUGUUUCUAUGUGCCCUGCGAUUGGCUGGCGAGCAGUUCGGGGUGUUCGGGAUAGGCUCCAGCACGCCCGCGACCCGCGUGAGGAUAUGCGGUACAGAAAAUGGAUGAAUGUUAUUUACAAUGCACUUUACAUCAAACACGUGAUCUUAAAGUACAAGACGGUAUCACCGUUUCCUUUGGUUGGCCACUGGUGUUUCAAUCCAAGUCACUCACGCGUUGAAUUACAAGUUUUUAAAGUGUUGGUCCUAUUUGAAGUGAAGGGCCUUACUCAUAAACAUUUGUAAUUUUAUCCAGGGACUUUUGAUCGAUUUUUCAUCAAAAAAUUAAAGCAUAGUAAAAUGACUGUCGAUAUUUGUAUUAAGUUUACGCUGUCCGAUUCGGGAUCCUGGUCUUCCUAUUCUUUUGAAUUCCGAAUCACCUUUUCACUGUCCUUCAUAAAACAUUGACUAACCAUACAGGCAAUGUUUUAACAUACUGUAGUCGUGUAUGUGUAAAAAACAAAACAAAAAAACAAACCGAGUUAAUAAAUGUUAAUAGUAAAUUUACAAAACUACAUUUCAAGAAGUGUCAUUGCCAGAUUUGGGCUGCCGCCCAUGACGGCUGCCCGUCAUGCGUGACAGCAGCGUCAACUCGUAUUUUUGGUGCUACUUUUGAGACGUAUUUCCCCACUCAGAGCUCCGAAUUGUGCUACUUUCACCGUCUUGACUCGCGUCCGCCCAGCAACUGCUCUUGUACAUUUGUGGUUUAGAUGCUUGUUUUUAUUUCGUGAGCUCACUUAUUUUUGGUCUUUUGGUUCUGGACCUCUGUCGUGCCGUUUCGUUGGACUAAAUCCAUGAAGUACCUUCUUCCUGUCCAAGCCCACUGACGUGAUAGCCUAACAGAACUCUUUAAUGUGACAUUAUUGCAUCUGACUGGUUUUGAGGUAGCCGUUUUCACUCCAUGAAUGCCGGAUUGAGUACAUCUGUAUUUCUUUUGUAAUGUACAGCGUGUGUGGACUUAACGCACUGUGUCUAAGCAUACGUAAUUCCGCAUGUGUUUUCCUGCACAUAAAGACGUCAUUUGUGUAGCAAACUUGGGGAAGAUGUAAAGCUUGGUAUUUCAACUGCUUGUGGGAUUCUUUCGUCAGCUGCUUUAUUUGCUGCUGGGUGAACGUGUGUGCGCGCGUGUGAAUCAGAUGGAUUCAUUCAUUCACCAGCCCUCUGGAAUUUUAGCCCCGCCCCCAAACCUGGCUUGGAACAAUGUCAACUCCAUUCAUAUCGCAAACUGGAAAUUGUUCUCACUCGUCGGUUCUCGGCAAUGAUGCGGUCAUGCUGAGCAAACGACGACUGUUGUCAACACUCUGACGUCACAGUGUGCGUACGGUACAAGUGAGUGGAUGUUGCCAGACACUUUGGUUUCUUGACGGUGGACCCCCGCGAUAAAGACCGGGCCGGACAGCGAAUAGUGAAAAUCCACGGACUGCACUGCAUUUAUUUGCGCACACGGCAGAAAAUGUGAAAAAAUGCUGAACAAAGAAACUGGGCAAUAAUAUGCAGAGUGAGGAAGGCACAGAAUGGCUGCAGGAGCUGCUGGUCGAAGUGCAGUUGCAGCAGUACUUCCUGCGAAUCAGAGAUGACCUCAAUGUCACACGGCUCUCCCAUUUUGACUACGUCAAGAAUGAAGACCUGGAGAAGAUUGGCAUGGGUCGACCUGGGCAGCGACGACUGUUGGAGGCUGUAAAGAGGAGGAAAGCGAUGUGCAAGCGCAAGUCCUGGAUGUGCAAGGUGUUUAGCGGUAAGCGUCCAGACGGGCUAGACUUUCCCACGCAGGGCCAGCCCGCUUCCUCCUUCCGUAAAGUGUCUCCCACACGUCCCCUGGGCUUGCCGGACGGGGUCCUGGCCUCGCAGCCCGCUGGAGAGGCUCCUCUCGAUGACCAACAGCAGGCCCUGACUUGCCUCAUCACAGAGAAGGACCUGACUCUCUUCGAGAAGCUCGGGGAUGGAUCUUUUGGCGUUGUGAAGAGAGGAGAGUGGCUGACUCCCGCAGGAAAGAUGAUUAAUGUAGCUGUAAAGUGCUUGAAGACGGAUGUGCUCAGCCAGCCUGACUCUCUGGAGGAUUUCAUCUCUGAGGUCAACGCCAUGCACUCGCUGGAUCACCAGAACCUCAUUCGCCUCUACGGUGUGGUGCUCACACACCCAAUGAAGAUGGUGACGGAGCUCGCUCCGCUAGGUUCUCUGCUGGAGCGCUUGCGCUGCGUGCGUCCACAGGGGCCCGUGCCGAUCCACACUCUGUGUCAGUAUGCUGUGCAGGUGGCCUGCGGCAUGGCCUAUCUGGAGCAGAGGCGCUUCAUCCACCGGGAUCUGGCCGCCAGAAACGUCCUGCUGGCAUCAGCUCACAGAGUGAAGAUCGGCGAUUUUGGCCUGAUGAGGGCACUGCCGAACAAUCAUGAGCAUUACGUCAUGCAGGAACACCGGAAGGUUCCCUUUGCGUGGUGCGCGCCUGAGAGUCUGAAGACCAGAACCUUCUCUCAUGCUACUGACACGUGGAUGUUUGGCGUGACGCUAUGGGAGAUGUUCACACAUGGCCAGGAGCCUUGGUUAGGCCUUAAUGGGAGCCAGAUCCUGCAUAAGAUUGAUAAAGAAAGUGAACGUCUCCCUAAGCCAGAAGACUGUCCGCGGGAUAUUUACAAUGUCAUGUUGCAGUGCUGGGCACCGAAAUCGGAGGACAGACCAACUUUUGUUGCCCUACGGGAGUUCUUGCUGGAGAGCAUGCCGACGGACAUGUGUGCGCUGCAGGACUUCCACGAGCAAGAUAAGCUCCUGAUCCAGAUUGAUGAUGUCAUCACAAUCUUUGAGGGCAGAGCCGAGAACUAUUGGUGGCGAGGUCAAAAUAAACGUACCCUCAAGGUGGGGCAGUUUCCCAGGCACGUGGUGACAUCGGUGGCGGGUUUGUCAGCUCACGACAUCAGCCGACCACUCAAGAACAGCUUCAUCCACACCGGUCAUGGAGAUGCCAACCCUCAUCGCUGCUGGGGCUUCCCGGACAGGAUCGAUGAUUUGUAUCUUGGGAAUCCCAUGGAUCCUCCUGAUGUUCUCGGUUUGGACCUCAGUGGAGCUCGGCCCACUCGGCUACCGGGGCGAGCAAAAAAAGAGCCUCCUCAGCCAGCGAUGGUAAUCCAGAAGCCUUGUUACGAUCCUGUGCAUCAGGACGACGACUUGACAUCGGCAGCAUUGACGAGACUGUCACUUGGGAAAGCGAGCGCUGUCAAAGGCCUCAAACUUCGACCCACGGCCUGGGUCUCUUCUUCAAAACAGGGGAGUGACAAGACUUCGGAGUCAAGCCACUACCCCUGGAGAGAAGUGUCCCUCAUUGACUUUGGGGAGGAGCUCCCCCCGCCCACACCCUCCCCGUCACCUGGGGGGGAAAUCCCAAUCCCCUGUCUCGCAAAGCUGGUUUUGGGAGCAGAGAAUCUCUUGGACCGGACACCACCUCAGAGUCCCUCCAGGUCGUUGCCCCGCCCACUUCACCCCACACCCGUAGUGGACUGGGAUGCGCGACCCUUACCGCGACCCCCGGCGUACGACGACGUAGCCCAAGAUGAAGACGAUGUGGAGGUGAGUUCCAUCAAUGGCAUGGAGCUGCAGCACAGUGAGGAGCAGAAGGAAGUCCAUUUUCCAGAGGAGGACAACGCGUCCGCGCAGAAGGUGGAGGGCCUCGAAGAUAACCUCUUCCUCCCCAGCAUGCACAGCCAGGGCCCGACUACCUCAUUUUCCCAGUCUGCAGAAAUAUUCCAGGAACUCCAGCAAGAGUGCAUGAGGAGGCUCAAUGUGCCGACAGGUCAGAGUUCAGCCGCGUGUCUGCGGGCGCACCUCCCCUCCUCUGAGGACAAACCCCAGAUCCCUCCUCGUGUCCCCAUUCCCCCUCGCCCAAUUAAAAGGGGCGACUGUUCAUCCGCUCGGCGCUCCGGGGACCUCUCGCUGUCCCCGACCCCGGCCGACGUCGCAGAGGACAUUUCCUGCUCAGAGCGGGACCGCCCGCCGCGGAUCCCUCCGAGGGAACCUUUGUCGCAGCCUGGCUCCAGGACUCCCAGCCCCAAGGGCCCGGAGGUGGGCUCCCCGCAGCCCGCCGUCUGCUCUGCCAGUCCCACCCCCCUUACCGCCUGCCCCUCCGCGCAGGCCCAAAGCUCCUACCUCUCCACCUCUCCCGGUAUAUUCAUGCCCACUACGCACAGCUUUGCCUCUGAUCCCAAAUACGCUGCACCCAAAGUGAUCCAGGCGCCGGGCAGGGAGUUUGCGAACAAGGGCCCCUGCAUCCUCCCCAUAGUCCGUGACGGACGAAAGGUCAGCAACACUCACUAUUACCUUCUGCCAGAGCGGCCGCCCUACCUCGACAAAUACGGCCGCUUCUUCAGGGAGGCCGAGAGCCUGAGCGUCAGCGGUGCGGAGGACGGACGGCACGUACGGCAGGCGAACACCGCUACGGUUCGACCCAUGGUGCUCGGCGCUUUGCAGGGGGAGCUGAAGGCCAAUUUCUCCACCAACAGUAAUGGCAGUCCUGCACCACUGAUAGGACCGAAGCCAUCAGUUAGUCCCGCCGCGGCUUGUGCAGAAGGUUUGACGACGACGACGGCAGGCACCGCUUCCUGUCCCAGGACGGACGGAUUAGGAAACUCAGCUGACAGAGUCAAAGUGGUGCAGGCGGCAGUUCACGGUGUGACGACGGAGGAGUGCCAAUGUGCUCUUCGCAACCACAACUGGAACAUUCAGAAAGCUGUGCAUUACCUCAAGGUGGAGCAGUUGUUUUGUUUGGGUCUGAGGAGCGGGCCCGAGUGUCGAAAGCUGCUGGAGAUGUGCGACUGGAACCUGGAGGUGGCCAGCACGCAGAUGUUGAGUGACUAUGGCUCCAACGCAGCAGAGGCAAAAAUUGCAGCGGUCCGAACCUCCCAGACACGCUAGCUGGCUACCGCCGUGACGGACGGGUACGAAAGCAGGCUGUAAGAGAAAACCUCUCCGGCUGCAAGAGAACGUCAUCAUCAAUCAAAACAUUUCUGGACCAUCCUGUGUGACCCUUCAGACUGCGGCUGCCGUUUGAAAGAACACGUCACUGAAAUAGCACAAAAUACGACCUUCUCAUGGGGAGGGGGGGAGGGGGGGACUGCUCCACUUAAGAAUUUUUAUGACUUGUCCAAAGCAGACAUGAUAACAAUCCCACUUUUCUGACACUGUUAGGUUCGUGCGUAAGAUCCUUGCGUGGCCAACUUGUCAGACUCUGUUAUUGGUGCUGCAAUUACUCAAGGGAUAUGCCUCUGGUCUUUUCUUCAAGUUGUUAAAAAGUCCAUUUGGAAGGGAAUGUGAAAUGCGAUGAUGAAUUGGACAGCAUAAAUGCACAGAAGCACCUUCCUCAAACCUUAGAGGUCUUCAAAAAGUGCAAUUUGUUGAGUCUCAAUUGAACUGGAAAAGUCAAAAGUGACUGCCUGCGUGGGUUACAUGCCAACCUCCUCCACUGGAUACGCAUUGGCACUUACAAGCAAUUUGGUCUGGGACCAAAUUGCAAAGAGUCAAACUGUACCUCUCAAUUGUCGAAUAUGUGUUUGUGUGUGCGUAGCGUUGUAAAAUGGCACGGGGGCAUCAUUAUGAACACUGGCUGCUGAACUUCUGCACAGCAAAGUAAAGUUGAGCACACACAGAAAAACACCACCUCAAAACAAAGAGCUUAACUCUGCAGCCAGGAGGACACUUUCAUAUGGCUGCACUGGUUUCAGUUCCAAGUUGAGAAUCGGUGGCCCACGUGCUCAAAGACUUCACUUCUUCUAUUGAGCUGAUUCGAAAGCUUUUGAUCUGCCAAGUCUCAUGGAACUGUGCACACCAAAUAAAAGCAGCUAAUAAUGGCAAUGUAGUCAUUUAUGCCCACAUUGCUUCAAGCUACAGCUGGUACAGUUCAUAUAAAAAAGUACGCAACCAUGCUCAGGGGCCAGGUUUUUGUGAUUAGAAAAAAACCUGUAACGAAGACAAAUCACUUGAAAACGGUUUCACUGUUAAUGGAAACUAUACCCUCUACAACUCAAUAAUAAUAAUAAAAAAUAUAUAUAUAUAUAUAUAUAUAUAUAUUUGAAAGGGGAAGUAGAAAUAAACAACUGAGGUAAUGUGAUUGUAAAAGUGUGCACAGCCUCUUCUAACUUUCCAAGGCAUUAAAUAUAACAUUGUGGAACACAGAGAGGACAGUCAUCAUCAUCGAGUGGAGAAAAGCUAGACGUUGCCACCGACACCUGGACGUCCCCUCAAAAAUUGAUGGGAAAAUGAGAAGCAAAACUGGUCCGGAAAGCUGGCGCCACUGAAGGAAUUUCUGCCAAGUCCUGGCUGCGUUUCGUCCAUGUGACAACAAUCAAGCGGUUUCUUCAUAUGGCCGGGCUAUGGGCGAGGGUGACACCCAAGCCAAGCUGCUUUUUGCAACAACAAAAAAAACUUGAAAUCUGCAUGUGGCAAAAUGUGUUACGGUCUGAGGAAACCAAUGUUGAACGUUUAGGCCAUUGUUCCAAAAUGUACUUAACACCGCUCAUCACCAAAACUACCAAGUAUUGGUAUCAGGCCAGUACUUGCGUCAAAAAUUCUCACAUCAACUCCUGCUCGCCACGCUGACGGUUUGCCGAGACGAGCGACUUAACGUAUUUGAGGUUAUUCAGAGCUGUUUCAAAUGCUGGCAGGUGUGUGCUGACUCCUUUUUUUUAACAUGAGCUUGAUUAUGAUUGGUUAAUUCUGAACAUAGCCACAGCCCCACUUAUGAGAGGGUGUGCAUACUUGUGCAAGAACUUUAUCAGUUGUGCUGCACAAAGUUUUGAAAGGAUUUAUCUUGGUCUCGUGGCAUUUGAAUAGGGGUGUGUAGACUUUUUAGAUCUACUGUUUAUUCUGCCCGUUUGUUUUUUUGGGCUAUCGUAAAGUUAUAUGACGAAACCUCAGAUUUAUUUUUCAAGCCGAUCCCUCGACGAUGACUUAUCAAUGUGGAACUCAGUCAACAUGCUCAAUAUUUGGGCCUUUUGUUCAAAGAGAAAAGGAAAUAAAAGACAUUCCAGAA